UUUUCAUAAUACCUAAUAUUACUGCACUUAAAAAGACCCAUUUCUCACUCACUUCUGUCAACUUUCUGUCAUUACAAGUAUGCAUUAUAUAUAGUAAAACCAAGGCACACUUUCUAUAUACUGUGAUAAGAGUCUUUUUCAGCCUACCAAAUCUUGGUUUUAAGUCUCAUUUACAUCUUUAUAUAAUUUUGUGUUUUAAAUAUAAAAAGAUAAAUCACUUUAUUUAUUUUUGGACACUUUUAACCUUUGCUUUAUAUAACCUUUGCUUUAUAUAUAGUAGAGAUUUAGAAAACUAAGCACACUAUGCAAAUGAAAUUGUCAAUACAUUAAGAUUGUUGGAGAGAGAGGGAGAGAGAGUUUGUCUGUGUGUAGUGGGCAACAACAAUAUAUUUGUGUGAAAUUCUAUCAUCUAAGUGAGUUUUGUGUGUAAUAGAAUAGAUAAUGACUUUUGAAGAUGAGUCAUGUGCUUCUUCUUCUUCACCAUCAUCACCAACAAAUGAGCCGCCUAGUAUUCCUCAGAAGCGCAAGGCGGGAAGGAAGAAGUUCAAAGAGACACGCCACCCGAUUUACAGAGGCGUUCGCAAAAGAAAUGGCGAUAAAUGGGUGUGUGAAGUGCGUGAACCGAGCAAGAAGUCUAGGAUAUGGCUCGGGACCUUUCCUAGCCCGGAAAUGGCUGCUACGGCUCACGACAUCGCUGAUUUGGCGCUCCGUGGCAAAAAAGCUAGACUCAACUUCCCCGACUCUGCGGAGGCCCUUCCUCGACCUAGGUCAUCUUCCCCUAGGGAUAUACAACUGGCUGCUAGGGCCUUUUUGCCUCGAAAAGUCCUAGGAGCAUAUAAAUCGUGCCACAAAAAUGAUGCAGAACACUCACAAGAAAUGAGGGCUCCACUAUUGUGUGACUCACAACCACACAAUUAUUCUGCGCCAUUUUUGUGGCACGAUUUCUGUGUUCCUUCCUUAUCCUUAUUGUCUUCUUCAAAAUUUUCAAACGAUACAAGCUUUAUAAGCAGUGUGGUGAGACCUAGCUCGACUAGUUUUCAACAUGUCAAAUGUCAAGAAAAUCUUCUUUUGGAACCACCUUUGGCUGAUUCAUCUAGUAUUGAAAUUGAGAGCCACGAAAUGGUUGUAGAACCGUUCUCAAGUGAUUUGACAUGUUUUAAGGGCUCGGAAAAGGUUUUGGAUCAAUCCAUGACGGUGUUCGUGGAUGAAGAGGCAAUGUUCAAUAUGCCAGGUUUACUUGAUAGCAUGGCGGAGGGUUUGCUACUAACACCACCGGCCAUGAAAAGAGGAUUCAAUUGGGGAGAUAUGGCUAGUGACAUGGACUUCACUUUAUGGAGAUACUGAUGACUGAAUUCAGAUUAUUUGAAGUUAUGUUGUGUACUAUUUUCUAAAUUAUGAGGUGGUUGAGGAUGUUUUAAAUAAGUAUACUUCUUGAUUUUUUAUAAAAAAAAAUGUGUAGGAAAGUAGAGAAAAUAGGUAGAAAAAUAGAGAGAAGAUGUUGAUAGAUGUGAUUCAAAUAAGUUUAUGUAUGUAAAAAAUGUACACUUUUUUAGUGUAUGCCAAACACCUACUAAAUUGUUGAUUAGUUUACAUAAUUACGAUAUUA